GAUUUGUUGACAUUCUACCACAAACAAACGCUACAGCACAGCAGCUCGCCUGGGGGGAAAAUGGACGAAAAGUGUCGAUUGUGUUUGAUUAGUCUGGCGGAUCAGAAAACCAAAGCCUCCAUCGAAGAGGAACAAUUUAGUGUAAAGCUAAAAACACUCUUCACCUUUCCGAUCACACCAAUCGAACCAUUUCCGUCCUCGGUGUGCGUACAGUGCGAGGCGAAGGUGACCGAUUUCCACACCUACCACGAGCUGGUGAAAAACAACCAAGAUCAGCUGUGGACCGUACAGCAUCAGAAAUACUUCGAGGAGGUAAAGGUAGAACCUGCCCCGGAAGUGGAAUACGAUGUGUUGGAAUUGCGCUACGAGGAGGCCGAACUCGCCAAAAUAGUUCCCAGCGAAAAUGAGAGCUGUAAGCAGGAAAAAAAUGACACAAAAUGCCACGAUCCUCAGCACCUCGAUAGCGAACCGGACGACGAAAGGUACGGCACGAUCGAGGACUACAUUCCUCCGAGCAGUUCGAGCAACAAAUCGGACGAUAGCGAAUAUGACGGGAGCAAACCGUUGCAAGAUGGAGCGCAUACAAACAGGCGGUUGACGGCAGCACGGUUGGGUCAAAAGCGAAGGGGACGUCCGCGUAAGGGUGACUCGCUGCAAGGGAGCAGCACCGAGCAGAAGAGAAGCUGCACCGUGAAAAGACAGCAACCGACGGACGAAACCAACAAGCGCUUGCAGGAGUUUUACGACAUGAAGUGUGAGCUGUGCGAGGAAAGGCUGGAAUCGUUUACCGCGCUGAAAAACCAUUACUACAAACAGCACCAGGUGCAGGGUUACAUCAAGUGCUGCGGCCGUACAUUUCACAGCCGGUACCGAUUGCUGGAACACCUGUCGUACCACGUCGGGGCCAGCAUGGUGCGGUGCGAAAUCUGCAACAAAAGCUUUAGCAGCCGGAGCUAUCUGCUGGUGCACAAGAGUCGGAAGCAUGGCCAGGCGGAAGAUCGACCCUACAAAUGCACCCAGUGCCACCAAUCGUACGCGAUGGAGUGCCACCUGAAGGCACACAUCGUGUCGCACGUGCGGGUAAAAUGUACAGUCUGUGGCAAGGAGCUUGCCAGCUCCCUUUCGCUCCGCACGCACAUGAUUAACAUGCACGGCAAUCGGGAAAAUCACAUAUGCGACAGCUGCGGUCGGGAGUUCCGCAGCCGGCAAGCCUUCGAACGGCACGUGAAGCUUCACCUCGGGCUCGAGGUGACGGAGCAGGUACAGUGUCAGGAGUGUCUCAAAUGGCUUAACAGCAAGCGGGCACUAAAGAUGCACGUAAAGCUGGUGCACACGGAGGCCGGCCAAACGUUUCAGUGCGAUAUCUGUACGCAGCAGUGUCCCAAUAGUCGGGCGUUGACCAAUCACAAGCAGCGGGUGCACGUGGAGGAACGCUUCAAGUGUGAGGAAUGUGGCAAACUAUUCAAACGGCAACUUUAUCUGAAAGAGCACGUGGCCGCACUGCACACCCGGAAACCGCUCUACUCCUGUGAGGUGUGCGGCGCAACGUUCAACUCGAAUGCGAACAAAUAUUCGCACCGAAAGAACAAGCAUCCGGUGGAAUGGGAAGCACGCCGGAAGCAACAGUUGCAGCAGCAACAGGAGCAACAGCAACAGAGGCAGAGCGAACCGGAACAGGAACAGAAGGUCAAUGCACUGUACUAACGACCGUGCACAGGGAAGCGGCUGGGGUAUUUAAAUUAUUGAGAUCAACACUCCCCACUGGGUUGCGUAGGCUUGCCUUUCGUUGGUGUUGUCUUCAUUAUAGCGAAAUCGUGCGAACUCGGGACUAUAUUACGCUUUCUGCAGUCACGUUGGUGUAUUUCUCCAUUUUUGCAACAAAAACUAAAGGAAUAAAGAAAAAAUCAUUAUUAGUGCUGAGCAACUGAA